AACUAAGUGAACAUCAUAGUGCUUCUUUACUUGCCUCUGUCAAAACUAGCACCUUAAUCUCCUUCUCUCCCACUGAAACUUUAGGAUGCCAGGCGCCAUACUUGCAUUACUUAUCCUCUUGGUUUUUGCUUUAUAUCUAUUCCCCGAUCCAGGCGUCGCUAGAGUCAAAUACAAGCACUGUGGCUCUUCUUUCUGUGGAAACGUUAACAUCACUUACCCUUUUCGAUUAAAAACCCAGCCUCGUAGUUGUGGUCACGAUAGUUAUGAACUAGUGUGCGAGAAUAACCGCACCAUUUUCCCCAUGAAAAAUGGGAAUUUCUAUGUCCAAGACAUCUCUUAUAGUGACGAAACCAUUAAACUUUUAGACGUGAGUCUUGGCAACGAUAACUGCUCCAUCCCUCAUAGUUCCUAUCCUUCGUACCCCCCUUUUUCGGAAGAUAACUCUGAAUUUAGCGUCAUGUAUCUUGUAAAUUGCACGAUGCGGAUCAACUACUCUUCCGUUUAUAUCGGUGCUUUUCGUUGCACCAAUGCCCCUUCCUCCUCUCAACCCCCUUACUCUUACUUUUUGGAUGAAAAUACAGCAAAGUCUGAUUUCUAUGAGUCAUGCACAGUUGAAGCCCAGGUUCCAAUCAUGCUUGCCAACAUCACCGGCCUCUCUGCUUUUGAUAUUUACACAAAGCUGUUAACGGGAUUCCAACUCUCAUGGGCCACUUCCUAUUAUGAUUAUGUUUGGCUGCGGUGGGACUCAAUUGGUAACGUAUUGCGAUCGUUGCUCUCGUUGUUGUUGCUUCCACUGAAGAUAUUUAUAAGAGGCAACGUUACUUUUUUUGAAGCAGAUCAUAUCGAUGGAUUUUAUAAAGGAAUCCAGAUUCUUUGUGUUGCAAUAACAGGAAUUCUUUUACUUAGAACUUUUUUGGGAAUAAUUUGCUUGAUUGUGUUGGUUAGACGAAAAUUAAAAAGGAGGCAUUUGUCGAUGGAUGACAUGAUUGAGAAUUUUCUUCAGAGUCAAAACAAUUUAAUGCCUAUCAGAUAUUCUUACUCUGAAAUAAAAAGAAUGACUGAUGGUUUCAAGAAUAAACUAGGUCAAGGAGGAUAUGGUUCUGUGUUUAAAGGAAAACUUCGAAGUGGUCAACUUGUUGCGAUAAAAUUGUUAAACAAGUCAAAAGCUAACGGCCAAGAUUUCAUCAAUGAAGUUGCAACUAUUGGAAGGAUUCAUCAUGUUAAUGUGGUAAGACUUAUUGGAUUUUUCGUAAAGGGAUCAAAACAAGCUCUUGUAUAUGACUUCAUGAAGAAUGGGUCCUUGGAUAAAAUUAUAUUUUCAGCUGAAAAUAACACUUUGAGUUGGCAAAAAAUGUUUGAGAUUGCAUUGGGAGUGGCUCGAGGUAUUGAAUAUUUGCAUAGAGGUUGUGAAAUGCAAAUUUUACAUUCUGAUAUCAAUCCACAUAACAUUCUUUAAGAUGAGAACUUUGCUCCAAAGGUUUCAGAUUUUGGUCUCGCAAAGUUGUAUUCAGUGGACGAUGAUAUCAUUUCUCUCACAGCAGCAAGAGGUACAGUAGGAUAUAUGGCUCCUGAAUUAUUUUAUAAAAAUAUCGGAGGUAUCUCAUAUAAAGCCGAUGUUUAUAGUUUUGGAAUGAUGCUAAUGGAAAUUAUUGGAAGGAGAAAAAAUUUGAAUGCCUCUGCUGAAUAUUCAAGUCAAAUUUAUUUUCCAUCAUGGAUAUAUGAUGGAUUAGAUGAAGGAGAUAUCAUGGAGCUUGGAGAUUUGAAAGAAAAUGAAAACAAAAUUAUGAGGAAAAUGGCAAUAGCAGCCUUAUGGUGCAUACAGAUGAAGCCCACGGAUCGGCCUUCAAUGAACAAAGCCUUGAAGAUGCUUGAAAGUGAAGUUGAGAUCCUUGAAAUGCCUCCCAAGCCUUCUUUCUCUCUAAAUGUCAACUAAAGGUAGUAAAGAAUUCUCCCCGCACACGUGGCAAUCGGCCUUCCUCAGCUACCUCGUGAUCAUAUGUAUACAUGCACGUCAAUGUAGGGUCAUGUGUAUCUCUUAAAUUGCAGGAUGAAGAUGAAUUCUUCGGUUUACAUUGAUGCUUUCCAUUGCACCAAUCGAUGUUCCUCUCC